CAUAAAGAAUCUUUUUCUCCCCACCAAUAUUGAAAAAAAGAUUUGAACUUGGAAUUGCAGAAACUUACAAAGAGUGUCCAAAAACAUGUUUACAAAUUGUUUUUAAGAAAUUUAUUUUGUUGCAAAGGAAGUCUUAGUUAUUUAAACAACUUACUGAUAUGUGAGAAUGAGCCAGAGUGACUAAGUUAGGGCAGGAUUUUUCUCUUUGAAAUAACAUCCAGACUGGCUUUGGGGCCCAACUAGUUUGUACCAGAGUUCUCUCAUCAGGGAUCAAGUGGCUCCUAGUACCAAGGUUAAGAACAUGUAUAAAUAUGGCGCGCCGAAUUCGGUAGUGUAAUCUUCGACGAGUAUGUGAGUGGCGGUAGCUGUCACAGUGCACCCCGGCACUAGUUGGGGAGCAGAGAAAGUGCUGAUGUUGUGUCUUGCAGGUGAGGCAAAGAAUUUGCAGUGCAGAAGCCAUGGCUCAGUGAACCAGCGUGAUGUAUACUGCACGCUGUCUUUGGACCAGGAGGAGAUAUUCCGCACCACCACCAUAGAGCGCACCCUUAACCCAUAUUUUGGGGAGGAGUUCCAGUUUGAGGUGCCACGUCGUUUUCGUUACUUGUCUGUAUAUGUGUAUGAUAGGGACCGCCACCUGAAACAAGAUAAAGUUAUUGGCAAAGUGGCCAUCAAACGGGAGGUUCUGCACACAUAUCACAGUAGAGAUCACUGGUUCCCCAUCCUCCCAGUUGAUGCUGACAGUGAAGUACAGGGUAAAGCAAACAUUGAAGUAAAAGUGGAGCCAGUCUUGAGGGCUAGCAAUGACACGGAACACCAGAACAACAGGGUCACUGUGAGGUUGAUUGAGUGCAGUGAUCUGACAAUAAAGAACGGGAACUGCGAUCCGUUUGCAAUAGUGACCAUGUGCUACUCAAACAGCAAGCAGGAAUCAAAACGCACAAAGGUGAAGAAGAAAACGGUGUCCCCACACUUUGAUGAGGAGUUGGUAUUUGAGCUUCCAAACAGCCGUGGACAGAACCAUGACCGGGACACUUAUAACCUGCAGCAUGAACGAGAUGUGGAGUUCAGCGAGCUGAGGGUUACUUUGUGGCAUGACACUGUAUUCCUGGGAGAAGUGAAGAUCCCUCUCAGAGGUCCUCAGCAGCAAGAGUUUGCUGCCAGCAGUAAGUGGUAUUUCCUCCAGCCUAGGUCGCUUAAGAACCGUCCUUGCAACAAGUCGCCCGGCAACUCUGGGUCUCCUCCUGGCACACAUCAGGACAGUUUGGGUUCCCUCCGGCUUAGGAUCCACUACACGGCUGACCACGUUUUCGCUAGUCAUGUGUAUGACCCCUUGCGAGAACUUAUCCUGCAGAGCGUGCAGGUUGAGCCAGUUACAUCGAGUGCAGUGUACAUCUUGGGUGAGAUUGUGCCGAGCAAGAUGGAUGCCGUGCAGCCUCUUGUUCGUGUCUUCAUGCAUCACGGACAGAUCGUGCCCAUGGUCCGUGCUCUAGCUCACUGGGAAAUCUCCAAAGUCACGGAUGCCAACACAAUAUUCCGGGGUAACACUCUUGUCUCAAAGAUGAUGGAUGAAGUGAUGAAGUUGGCGGGCCUGCAUUACCUGCGCAACACACUCCGACCAUCUCUGGACCUUGUAUUCCAAGAACGCAGACCUUGCGAGAUAGAUCCCACAAAGGUGAAAGAUACCACAGUAAUUGAGACAAACCUUGCUAAUCUCAAGGAGUAUGUGGAGAACAUCUUCCAGGCCAUCACCACAUCUGCCCUUCACUGCCCCUCACUCAUGUGCCAAAUGUUCCAUGAUCUCAAAGAAUUAGCCAGUACUUGGUUCCCAGACAACAGAGAAGUAAGAUAUUCCGUGAUUUCUGGGUUCAUCUUUCUGAGGUUUUUUGCUCCUGCCAUUCUAGGACCUAAACUGUUUGAUCUGACAACUGAACAAAUUGACUCACAAACUAAUCGUACGCUCACUCUCAUCUCAAAAACGAUCCAAAGUCUUGGAAAUCUGGUAAGCUGCCGGUCUGCACAGCAGACAUGUAAAGAGGAGUACAUGGCGGCUCUCUACAAAGCUUUCUGUACCGAGAAACACAUUCAGGCAGUGCGUCAGUUUCUUGAGAUCAUUUCUGCCUCGUCCAAUCCUGGACAUCGCACCCUUGACUCGCCUGUUGUGCUCAAGGAGGGGGUAAUGAUCAAACGGGCACAGGGUAGGAAGAGGUUCGGUCGCAAAAACUUCAAGCAGCGGUACUUCAGGCUCACGACUCAAGAUCUCACUUACUCUAAAACUAAAGUGUCUGUGUGUUUGGUGUCACCAGGUAAAGAACCACUAUGCUGCAUCCCGCUGGACCAGAUUCUAGCUGUCGAGAGGUUGCAAGAGGACUCCUUCAAGAUGAAGAAUAUGUUUCAGAUAGUUCAGCCCGAAAGAGCCCUCUACAUCCAAGCUAAUAACUGUGUAGAAGAGAAGGAGUGGAUAGAUAUUCUCACAAAGAUCUGUCAGACCAAUGCAAACCGACUGAAGCGUUACCACCCGUCGGCAUACAUCAACGGACAUUGGCUGUGUUGUCGGGAACCGAAUGCGGUGGCACCGGGUUGCAGUGAUGUUUCUCGAGGACUUGAGGCAGGACUGCAGAUGAAUCUUGACCCUGACCGAGAGCUUCAAAGGAUCCACUCACUCUUUAUUGCAAACAUGGACAAACUGACCAGGCUGAGAAGUGCAUGUGAGUGCCAGGCAGUGUACACGGGCGACAUCUGUUUUAUGACAAACUUCAUUAUCGAGGAUGUGCAGUCAUGUUUCAAGACGGUAAACCAGUUGAUAGAGGCACUGUGUACUUUGGAACAGAAACACCGCAGCUACCUGAGGUUACUGGCUCGUGAGACCAAGUAUGGCAGCAAGCAAGCCCCCAUAGGAGAUGACAACUACCUCCUGCUGGCAGCGAGGGUGCGACGUCUGGACAGCAGUCUGCCCAACUGACACUGGCUGGAGGUCUUCCAUCUGUCUCAUGUGUUGCCAGCUGCACAGGUGGUCACUGUGAUGAUGAUGUGCCAACAGACAGCCUUUAGUUAGAGUGAAGUUAAGAAUAUUUUAAGUGAGAUCUCAAUGAGGUUUGAGGUUUUCACAGUGAAAAUGUGGGUUGUGUCUUACAGCAAGUUGCCAGCAGUUCAUAGGAACAUAUCACGUCCAUCUACCCAAAGAUAGAGGAAAGUGGUUCAUCCGAAAUGUUCAUAACUGUGUACAAGACGACACACUUCUCAUAAUCCAGAAUACCAUAUCAUCUUGGGUUGCCUAAAUUUUAUUUGUAACUCUUCCAAGACUGACAGACCUUUGUCUGGAUUUCUUGUGCGCCUCUUGCAUGCUGACAUGUAGGGGUGUUUUCUCCUCAUUCACCCUUUUCCCCUCUUGCAUCUUAAAGAAAUUGUAAGUCUUCUUUUUCUGAGAAAAUGUUGGCAUUGUUUCAGCAAAUUGUCAAUUCCCAUUAGUUGACUUUCUCUCUCAAAGCAACAGCAGCUGUAAUUCUUCCAUUUCCUGGCAUCACUUUAUACCCAGUCACAUCACCUUACGUCUUCCAAGCGUUUGUGUUUAGACAGUUAAUUUUAAGGAAACAUCUUUGUACUGAAAUGUAGUAUACACGUAAGAAUCGGCAACACUGAGUGAGUGGGAAUAAGCACUGAUGAGGGUAUGUGUUGGGGAUAGCAAAGUUUCUGUUAUGAACAUCAUCUCCAGAUUUCACUCCUCACAUGUAUGUUUACGUAGUGAUAAACAGUUGUUCUGUUGUGGGGUAGGUGGUAGUUCCAGUAUUCCCAACUUCCUCUAGUUAACAGCUGUUAUAAACUGUAUAGGAGGCUUGUUUUGAGUGUAUGUUUUAAGUUGGCACCAGCUACAUAUGGUUUCUGGUGUGGUGAGUUGAAAUUGUCGUGGUGCUGUGUAAAGGAUAGUAAUCUCACUGAUUAGGAGCAGAUGAAUAAUUUAAAAUGAAAAGCAUUUAUUAAUUUAAUUGUAUAUGAAAUACAGUGUAAAUGUAUUUGUACUCCCAUUUGGUGAGACUGGGAGCUGUUCAAGUCAAAACUUUUUUUAUUGUACAGUGUAUAGUUAGCAAAACUUCAAGUUGCAUAAAGUCUCACUAAAUGUGCAGACAAGUGUUGGAUCCUUGAAUGUGAAGGUGGCAGAUCAGUAUAUUUGAUUGACACAAGUGAAAAUAUUUGUAAGAAUCACACAUAAUAGUGGUUAUAUGCAUCUUCACUUUGUUGCUCCUAAUUAUUAAGUUGCCCAUUUUUAUACCUUAACUCUUACUAAAAAAAUAUAUAUAUAUACACAUAUAUAUGUGUGUGUGUAUGUCAUAACUCAUUUGCUGUUUGGAGUAUUGGAAACUGAGAACAAGCAAGUCUGUUGGGAAUUGAGAAGGAAACGUUCUUUGGUGGUGAUACUGGCAGUGCCUUAAUGAGAACAGCUGCUUGUGUGCGCGCGUGCAUGCCAGUUACCUCUCAGACUGGUAAAGAGAGAUGGUAAGAAACUGGAUAUUUUUCAGAUAAGUCGUGUAUUGAUUUAUUUAAAAACUGGAGAGGUCAGAAUGUAUGACAGAAAUCAUUUUUAGGUCCAUGUGAAAAUCCAAUUUCAAUUUUCUGCAGAAAACAUGUAAAUUCGUCAAAUUUUAGAAUAAUUACUUUCUAAUUUUUUGUUCA